UGUGAAGAGGAGAUAAAUCUCCAUUCUACCUCUGCCUCCAGUUAGAGGCAGCUGAGGCUACAGAGCAGCAUAACUGGAUGGAAACGGGAUUAUACAUAACAAAAAGCAGACAGAUGCAGGUUGAUAUUUGAAACUACAAGAGCACAAGAGGGAAGAAUACAUCAAGUGGGCUUAACAAAGACCAUCUGUGAACAGCUAUGCGGCCACGGUCCAGAUUGCUGUUCAAGAGAGGACUCAUGCUGCCCACAAUCAGAGAGGGCACAGAAGAGACAGUGAGGGAUUUCAAUGAAGCCAUCACACUUCACAUUGGCGAUCAUGGCCAGGCUGUCUCAUCAGAGGACUACCUUCUCUCCAUCUGCCACUUGGCCUGCCCCACCUUCCCCAGCAGAGAUGUUUCCCCUGAAAACAUCCACUUACGGCAGCAGGACGCUGUUCAGCAUAGGCUGAGGCCAUCGCGGCUCAUUGGGCCUACGGUAACAAGUUUGGAAAAGGAAGCACAAAACAGUGACGUGCAGCAGGGGGAGGAAAAAGAACUGAAUGGAGAGUCAAUAUACGGCAGCUAUGACCCUCUGGAGUAUCUUUACGGACACCAGAACAACCUCUCAACCCUUUCCGGAAGUGUUAGAAAAGCAUUUGUUGAGGAAAGGUUUGUGAGGCAACAUGGGAGUGUCUGGGAGAGCCAGGCUCGCCCCAGAACCAACAGCAUCCCCCUUGCUUCAGUUCCAGAUUGCCCAAGCCGGCGAAAGAGCAGCUGUCCUGAAAUCCACACCAACACCAAGAUUUCAAUUCCAAAUGUCUCCCCAAAACACAGCUUAUCCAUGUCAGAGGCAAUGCGAGUUUGCCCAGUGGACCAAGGAGCAGAGAGGGAAAGACUGAGUCCAGUCCUCAAACAGUCCCUCAUCUCCCAGUGGAUCUCUGACUGCAGGUCAGCUUGGAGGGAGGCACGCGUACGUGCUUGUAUGUUGCCUGCCAUUGCUGAGGUCUAAGAAGCACAUUGUAACAUUCCUCAAAACAUAUCAUAAUCUUAUUGUGUAAGAGCAUGAGACAUUAAGAAAUAUGUAGAAAUACAUGUUUGAAAAAUCCAGAGACAGUAAAUAUUGUCAAGAUUGAAAUUCUGUUUGGUUUUUAGCAGUGUUUUUAUUUAUUGUAAUAUCGUUCCCAUUCUGGUGAUCAUGCAGUUAUGGAAAUGGAUAAGCCUGGGAGACCUGUUUUAUAUCUUCCAUUGUUUGGUGAAUUGUAAAUCAGUAAAUAAACAAGUCUUUU